CGGAGCUAGAGGCGGGCGUCUGCAUCGUGUCUCGCCAUCCACAGCUCCCCGCCUCCGGCCGGCCGGGCCAGUGAGCCUGUGGCAGCGGAUGCCCACACCGCGGGCGAAGCUGCAGGGUUGGAGAGGUGCCGCCACACGGCGGGGAGAGGCCUGAGGAUACCCCGCGGCGGCCGCCUUCGCCAGCUCCAGACGCCGGUCCCCCGGGGCGCGCGCCUUGGCGCCCCUCCCUCUGGCCCAGCUACUCCUCGGUGUGCCGUUCCCCUCCGAGACCCCCCCUCCUUCCACCCACCCUAGAGGAUGCUCUCCGGGGCGCCGAGCAGCAGAGGCCACUAUUCCCAGAAAUGCAUGCGCCGGAUCCCCUUCUCCCGGACCGGAGGAGCCGGCGCCCCCGCCCUGUAGGGUUAUGACUCACUGAUUAAAAAGAACUUUCCCAAACACUUUGCACUUUUGAUUGCGUAUUAUGGAUACCAAGGAAGAGAAGAAGGAACGGAAACAAAGUUAUUUUGCUCGAUUGAAAAAGAAAAAACAAGCCAAACAAAAUGUAGAGACAGCCUCAGCUAUAGCUACAAGGACUCACACUGGAAAAGAAGAUACUAAUACAGUCAUUUUAGAACAAGACAAGUGCAGCAAUGCUGUGGAAGAGGAAUAUAUUACUGAUGAGAAAAAAAAGAGAAAAAAUAAUCAGUUGAAGGAGAUCAGACGUACAGAACUAAAGAGAUAUUAUAGUAUUGCGCUCAUCAAAGAUAAAAUGGGCUGCCAUAGGGGUGGUAAUAAGCGCGGCUUUGCUGACAUUGCUCCAACAGAGGCAGAUGAGGCUGGAAGCCAGGAUACCCUAAACUCCAUAGCACUGAAGUUUAACAUCACUCCCAAUAAAUUAGUGGAACUGAAUAAACUUUUCACACACACUAUUGUUCCAGGCCAGGUAAUGAUUUUGUUGUUGAAUAUUUCUUUAGAAAUUUUGUAUUUAUCUUUUAUUGCCAUUUUUAAUGCCUCACUAUUAAUGUCACAGUUCUCGUCUGAAACACUGGAGCUCCAUCCUGAAGCGCAGCAGAGUAGCCAUUUCCCGAGGCAGCUCUGGUCUGGCCCGCUCUCUUCAGUGCUUUGUGGACUGUGCUGCAGAGCCCGGCUAGUGCUUCUGUUUGAUUUUGGAAAUUUUUGCUUUCUAAAGGACGCUGACUUAGCGAGAAAGGCCAUAAAACCCAUUGAAAGAGUCUUAUCAUCCACUUCUGAAGAAGACGAGCCAGGCGUGGUAAAAUUUUUAAAAAUGAAUUGUCGAUACUUCACCGAUGGAAAGGGUGUGGUCGGAGGCGUCAUGAUUGUCACUCCUAACAACAUCAUGUUUGACCCUCACAAGUCUGACCCCCUGGUCAUUGAAAAUGGGUGUGAAGAGUAUGGCCUCAUUUGCCCCAUGGAAGAGGUGGUUUCCAUCGCCCUCUACAAUGACAUUUCCCACAUGAAGAUCAAAGAUGCCUUGCCAUCUGACCUACCUCAGGAUCUUUGUCCUCUGUACAGGCCUGGAGAAUGGGAAGACCUGGCUUCAGAAAAAGAUAUCAACCCAUUUAGUAAGUUCAAAUCCCUCAACAAGGAAAAACGGCAGCAGAAUGGAGAGGGAGCCAUCACUUCAGAUUCCAAAUCAACAGGACCUUUGGAGAAAUCAACAGAAUACACACAUACAGAGCCCUCAGACACAGACAGUCCUGUGUCAGGAAAGUUAAAGAACCUGGAAUCCUCUAUAGAAGCAACCAAUGGAUCUACCACAGUAACUGAGGACAGCAAGGAACCUUCUGACACUCAUACUGCAUUUGAAUCAAUAGCCAAAGAAAAUUCCCUUUUAGGGGAAGAUGAUGACUUCAUUGACUUGGAAGAGCUUGCUUCUCAAACUGAUAGUGGAAUAGACAAAACAGACGCCUCAAAGGAGUGCCUUUCUCUUGACCCAGAGGAGCGAAGGAAGGCAAAAUCACAAAUAAUCAUUUCUGCUGCAGAAAUGCAGGCGCAGCCAGCCCUGAACCUUUCAGGAACGGAGAGUGAUGCUGAACUGAAGGGGGCCCUAGAUUUAGAAACCUCUGAGAAGCAAGAUAAAAUGCCGGAGGUGGACAAGCAGUCUGGUUCUCCAGAAAGCCGGGUGGAAAACACACUGAACAUACAUGAAGAUCUCGAUAAAGUUAAACUCAUUGAAUAUUACCUUAAUAAAAACAAAGAAGGGCCACAGUUAUCUGAUAACUUACAAGAGGCAGAAUUACGUGAUGGCAAAAGUGUUGAGCCAGUGGGAAUAGACAUCACCCUUAGUAGUUCUCUUCCCCAGGCCAGUGAGCCUCUAACUGAGGACAGUAAAGAGCUAGAUAAAACUGGGGUGAAAAAGACAGCCCCCCACCCACUGCAACUUGACUCUUCUACAGAAGAAAAUACGCGUAAAGAGUCUGUAGACUCCUCUUUGGAAUCUACUCUGGACAACAGCUGCCAAGGUGCACAAAUGGAUAAUAAAUCCGAAAUCCAGUUAUGGCUGUUAAAGAGAAUUCAGGUACCCAUUGAAGAUAUACUUCCUUCAAAAGAAGAGAAAAGCAAGACUCCACCCAUGUUUCUGUGCAUUAAAGUGGGGAAACCAAUGAGAAAGUCCUUUGCCACUCACACUGCAGCCAUGGUCCAGCAGUAUGGCAAACGAAGAAAGCAGCCCGAGUACUGGUUUGCUGUGCCUCGCGAGAGGUGAGUGUGGGCUAACAUUGAAAAUCUGUUCAU